UGGGCCCAGCCCCAGCACCUUUUACCCUCAAUUUUACCAUCACCAACAUGCGCUACACCCCAGAUAUGAGACAUCCAGGCUCUGCAAAGUUCAACUCCACUGAGAAGGCCCUGAACCACCUGCUUGGUCCUUUGUUCAAGAACACCAGCAUUGGCCCACUGUACUCUGGCUGCAGACUGACCCUGCUCAGGACUGAGAAGAACGGGGAAACAACUGGAGUGGAUGCCAUCUGCACCUACCACCCUGACCCGAUGGGCCCCGGGCUGGACAGAGAAGUGUUGUACCAGGAGCUGAGUCAACUGACUCAUGGUAUCACCCUGCUGGGCCCCUACACCCUGGACAGUGACAGUCUCUAUGUCAAUGGUUAUAACCAUCGGUAUGGGACCCCAGCCACCAACACUCCAGUGACUUCUACCUUCUCUCCAGAAUCUCCCAUGUCUCUGACCCCCACCCUCAGCUCCACAGGCGUGAGCCCUUCUCUAGUCCGCUUCACCCUCAACUUCACCAUAACCAGCCUGCGCUACAUUGAGGGCAUGGGGAACCCGGGAUCUGAGAUAUUCAACACUGUAGAGAGAAACUUGACUCACCUGCUCAAACCCUUGUUCCAGAACAGCAGUAUUGGGCCCCUCUAUUCCGGCUGCAGCUUGGCAUUGCUAAGGCCUGAGAAAAAUGGAGCAACCACAGGAAUUGAUACUGUCUGCACAUACUAUCCUGACCGCGUGGGUGCUAAACUGGACAGAGAGCAGCUGUACUGGGAGCUAAGCCAUGGCACCCGCGGUGUCACCAAGCUGGGCUCCUUCACCCUGGACAAGGAAAGCCUCUACGUCAAUGGUUAUACCCACCAGACCUCAGCCUCCACCCCCAGUGCUACUGUGACCUCCAUACCCUUCCCAGGGACCUCGGUGCUGCCAGCCCACUUCUCAAUCUCCACAGCCACAAGCCCCACCCUCUUGCCAUUCACUCUCAACUUCACCAUCACUAACUUGCACUAUGAGGAGGACAUGGGUCACCUUGGUUCCUGGAAGUUCAACACUAUCGAGAGAUUUCUGCAGGGCCUGCUCAGGCCCUUGUUCAAGAACAGCAGUGUGGGCCCCCUCUACUCGGGCUGCAGACUGACCCUCCUCAGGCCCAAGAAGAAUGGGACAGCCACUGCAGUGGAUGUCGUCUGCACCUACCACCCUGACCCUCUGGGCCCAGGGCUGGACGGGGAGUGGCUGUACUGGGAGCUGAGCCAGAUGACCAAUGGCAUCAGCCAGCUGGGCCCCUACACCCUGGACCAGGACAGUCUCUAUGUCAAUGCUGCCGGCCCUGCCCUGGUGCCCUUCACCCUCAACUUCACCAUCACCAACCUGCAUCACACGGAAGACAUGUGGCCUGGCUCUGCAAAGUUCAACACCACAGAGUCAGUUGUACAACAGCUGCUCAAGCCCCUGUUCACCAACAGCAGCAUUGGUUCGCUGUACUCUGGCUGCAGACUGACCACACUAAGGCCUGAAAAGGACGGAGCAGCCACUGGAGUUGACGCCAUCUGUACCCACCGUCCUGACCCUGCAGGCUGUAUGCUGGACAGGGAGCGUCUCUAUUGGGAGCUGAGCCAACAGACACACAGUGUCACCCGGCUCGGUCCCUACCUCCUGGACAGGGAUCGUUUCUAUGUCAAUGGUUACACCAGACCAGCCUUGACUGCCAUCCCCAGUGUUUCUGUGAUUUCCACAGCCUCCCUGGGAAGCUCAGCAGCUUCAGUCUCCUUCUCCAGCUCUACAGUCGCCAGCCCUGUCCUGGUGCCAUUCACCCUUAAUUUCACCAUCACCAACCUGCACUACAUGAAUGACAUGCAGCCUCUGGGCUCCGUGAAGUUCAACAAAAUAGAGAAGAUCCUUCAGCGCCUGCUGGGACUCUUGUUCAAGAACACCAGUGUGAGCCCCCUCUGCUCCAGCUGCAGACUGACUUCGCUCAGGCCUGAGAAAGACGGAGCAGCCACCAGUGUGAACAUAGUUUGUACCCACCGGCCUGACCCUACAGGCCAUGGAGUGGACAGAGAGCAGCUGUACUGGGAGCUGAGCCAGCUGACCCAAGGCGUCACCAAAUUAGGUCCCUACACCCUAGACCAGGACAGUCUUUAUAUCAAUGGUUACACCUAUCAUACUUCAGAAUCAACUGCCAGUGCCACGGGACCACCCCUGCUGCCUUUCACCCUCAACUUUACCAUCACUAAUCUGUACUACAUGGAGGACAUGUGGCCUCCAGGCUCCUUGACAUUCAACACCACCGAGACGUUCCUGCAGCACCUGCUCAGGCCCUUGUUCAAGAACAGCAGUGUGGGCCCCCUCUACUCGGGCUGCAGACUGACCCUCCUCAGGCCCGAGAAGAAUGGGACAGCCACUGCAGUGGAUGUCGUCUGCACCUACCACCCUGACCCUCUGGGCCCAGGGCUGGACAGGGAGUGGCUGUACUGGGAGCUGAGCCAGAUGACCAAUGGCACCAGCGAGCUGGGCCCCUACACCCUGGACCAGGACAGUCUCUAUGUCAAUGGUUACAACCGCCAGGCACCGGCCACCACCCCCAGCACCACUGGCCUCUCUCUGGUGUCUUUCACCCUGAAUUUCACCAUCACCAACAUGCACUACACAGAGGACAUGGGGCACCCAGCUUCCUUGAAGUUCAACUCCACCGAGAGGAUCCUACAGCACCAGCUCCAGCUCUUGUUCAAUAAGACCCGUGUCAGCCUCCUCUACUCUGGCUGCAGACUGGCCUCGCUCAGGCUUGAGAAUCAUGGAACAGCCACUGGAGUGGACGUUGUCUGCACCUUCCACUCUGACCUCGUGGAUCUCGGGCUGGACAGAGAGUGGCUGUUCUGGGAGCUGAGCCAUGAGACCCACGGUGUCACCCGGCUGGGCUCCUUCACCCUGGACAGUGACAGCCUUUACGUCAAUGGUUAUACCUAUGGAGCCACAGUCUUGACUACUACCACUGCGCAGGUCAAUGAGGAGUCAUUCACGCUGAAUUUCACGCUUGACAACCUGCGCUACUCAGCGGACAUGGGCCAUCCGGGCUCCGUCAAGUUCAACAUCACAGACACCGUCAUGCAGCACCUGCUCAGCCUCUUGUUCCGGAAGAGCAGUCUCGGUCCCCAGUAUGCAGGUUGCAAGGUCAUCUCGCUCAGGCCUGUGAAGAAUGGGGCCAAGACAAGGAUGAACUUCCUCUGCACCUACCGCCAGCUCCCCAGUGGCCCAGGUCUGCCUGCCAAACAGGUGUUCCAGGAGCUGAGCUGGCAGACCCACGGCAUCACCAGGCUGGGCCCCUACUCCCUGGAUAAGGACAGCCUCUACCUCAAUGGUUAUAAUGAACCCGGUCCAGAUGAGCCUCCUACAAACCUUGAGCAGACCACCACAUUCCUGUCUACUUUGUUAUCACCUGUGCAACCAGAAACAGCCACAGCUCUGUUUCACAACCUGGAGACCCUCACACUCAACUUUACCAUCUCCAACCUCCAGUAUUCCACAGACAUGAGCAAUGGCUCACCCUUGUUCAAGUCCACUGAGAGGGUCCUGCAGCAUCUGCUCAGAUCCUUGUUCCACAAGAGCAGUCUGGGUCCCUACUACUCGAAUUGCAGACUGAUCUCCCUCCGACCUGAGAAGGCUGGGGCAGCCACCAGCGUGGAUGCCGUCUGCACCUACCACCCUAGCACCCUGGACCAGGGGCUCGACAGAGAGCAGCUGUACUGGGAGCUGAGCCAGCUGACACACCGUGUCACCCAGAUGGGCCGCUACACCCUGGUCAGCGACAGCCUCUUCAUCAAUGGCUAUGCCCCCCAGAGUUUAUCUACGCAGAGCGAGUACCAGCUAGAUUUCCGCAUCAUCAACUGGAGCCUCAGCAGCCCAGACCCUACAUCCUCAGAGUACAUGGCCCUGCUGAGGGACGUCCAGGACAAGGUCACCAAACUCUACAGAGGCAGCCAGCUACGAGACGUAUUCCUCUCCUGCCUGGUUACUGACUUGAAGUGGGACUCCAUGUCGGUCACCAUCCAGGGACUGUUCUCCUCCAGUAUGGACCCCGGCGUGGUGGAGCAUGUCUUUCUAGACAAGACGCUGAAUGCUUCCUCCCACUGGCUGGGCGCCACCUACCAUUUGGCAGAUAUUCACGUGACAGAAGUGAAGCCAUCAGUUCAUCUGCAGGCAGACAAAGCAACAAGCAGUCCCAGCCCCCAGCAUUUCCAACUGAAUUUCACUGUCACCAAUCUGCCAUAUUUCCAGGACAUAGCCCAGCCAGACACCACCAAACACCAGCGGAACAAGAGAAGUAUUGAGAACGCGCUCAACCAGCUCUUCCGAAACAGCAGCAUCAAGAGUUCUUUUUCUGACUGUCAGGUUUUAGCAUUCAGGUCUGUCCCCUACAGCAACCACACUGGGGUGGACUCCCAGUGUAAUGUCUCACCACGGGCGCAGAGAAUAGACAGAGUUGCCAUCUAUGAGGAAUUCCUAUGGCUGACCCAGAAUGGUACCCAGCUGCAGAACUUCACCCUGGACAGGAGCAGUGUCCUCGUGGAUGGGUAUUCUCCAAACAGACAUGAUGCCUUGACUGAGAACCCUGACCUCCCCUUCUGGGCUAUCAUCCUCAUCUGCCUGGCAGCACUCCUGGUUCUCAUCAUAUGCCUGCUCUUCUGUUUCCUGGUUACCAUGUGUCUACGGAAGAAGGAGAGAGACUACAAGAUUCAGCAAUGAUGCGGACUACCAAGUGCCACACUUAGACUUGAGGAAGCUGCAAUGACUAGAUCUGCCUGAGGCCCUCUUUUCCCAGCCAGAGUCCAAUGGAGCUUGUCUGGAUUAGAAAUAAACCACAUUGGUCGAACACAGUCUCUGGGCCCUUCUUGACAUGUCCCUUGUCUGGUCCACAGGGACUAGUAUAAAAGUCCUUUCCCUUCAUUAAGCCCUGAAGGCAGCUGCAAGUUCUGUCUUGUGGUUUCACACCACUUUGUCCUUCAGGAACACCAGAAUCAGCGAAACUGGCACAGAAAUGGCCAUAGUAUACAAUCAUAUCCUGUUCAGUGCAAGGUUUCCCUUCUUA